UUCAUGCUUAGUAUUUUCCAUUUGCUUUGUUUACAUUGACACAAAUUCAGCGCAGCUUUAUUUUUCCUACUGGAAAAAAUGUUUCGUCGAGCGUCAGACCGGACUAUGUGAAGACCGAGGAGAAAUUACUGAGAGCCACUGGAAUCGCGACCUGGAUUAUACGUACGUUCCUGAACGAUGGUCCGCGGACCAGCUGGUGGUUAGGAAGCUGGGUAUUCAAAAUGGAGGCCAAGGCGGCAUUUACUACAAUGUGACAUUCGUGCUGCUAAAUUCUCUCAUUUUCUGACUUGCGGCCGCUCAUGGGGAAAGAACAAGAACUCAUUGACGCCGCAAGAAGUGGAAAUAUUGCAACGGUUGAAAGAUAUUUGAGCCAAAGAGCCAAACGAUCGGGCCCCCUCGCAAGUUUGAGACGAGGGCCAGGAGCUAACGCUCAAGAUCAGAGUGGUUACACAUCUCUUCACCACGCGGCGCUCAAUGGCCAUAAGGAGAUCGUUUCGUUGCUGCUGCAGUAUGAAGCCUCCACGAAUGUCGUCGAUCACAAAGGUUCGACGCCGCUCCACCUGGCGGCGUGGACCGGAAACACCGAGAUCGUCAAAUUGCUCUUGGAGCAGGGACCAUCGGUUCCUAAUGUUAACCUAACCAAUCACGAUCGGGAGACGCCUUUGCAUUCUGCUGCUCAGUACGGCCACACCGAGGUCGUGUCCCUUCUGCUCAAGCACGAGGCUGAUCCUACCGUGAGAAACCUUAAGGACGAGUCUCCGCUGGAUCUAGCAGCCCAGUAUGGUCGUUUAGAAACUGUCCAGUUGCUUGUAGACUCGGACCCUUCGUUGCUCAAGAAAUGCACAACGAGGCACUCUCCACUGCACUUGGCCUCCAGGAACGGUCACAAGAACGUUGUCAAAGUACUCCUGGAUGGGGGAUUUGAUGUCAACUAUGUGGUUGAAAGUGGAAGCGCACUUCACGAGGCAGCUUUGUAUGGGAAGGUAGAGGUUGUAAAGUUACUUCUCGACUAUGGAAUAGAUGUGAAUUUAGAGAACAAUUUGAAAAGGACUGUAUUUGAUCUUCUGGAAGAUUUAAAUACUGCCAUAUCGAAACAAAUUUCGAGGAUUAUAAGAGAAUAUACAACAGCAGUGGGGAAAGUAGAAGAUAUAAGCAAGUCACCCUAUUCGACAUCUCCUCCGUCUAGUUUCAGUUCGGUAUCGACCUUCGUUCCUACGCCAGAAAAACAAAGCUCCCUCCUCCCUCUAGUCAGAAGUGGAUCCCCGAUGUCCGAGGCCACAGACACCAUCUGUUCCUACAACAGCAGCAAGCGAUCUUCCACAGCCAGUGAUACUCUCCGGAAGUCACAGGGUUCAAGUUCCGAGCACCUCUCAAUGAGUAGUCGGAGUCCCUCGGUAUACGAGACCCCGCCCCUUCCGAAGGACUACGAUGCCGCGUCAGUGCACUCUACGUCCAUGUAUGAACCUCGUGACGUAAUGACCUCAUCUACGGAUAGUCAAGGCCUCACCACCUUUUCACCCCCUGAUCCUCAGGGCCCACCAUCUCGAAUAUCAGUGCCACCCGGAUGGAAACCUUUGCCACCCGCGAAACCUCCCAGGAAGUCUAUUACAUCUCUCUCUCCAAGUGGAAAGACACAACACCACAUAAGACAGUCUUCUGUUACUUACGAUUCUACCUCACAGAAUCAAAUGAUGUACGAUCCGUCUGAGAUCAUGAUGCCAAGAACACCCCCGAGCGGAUUCGCCAACUCAGAUAGCAGCAGCAUUUACCACCACAACCUCAGUCAGUACCACCAGUCACAGCAACAUCACUUACCAUCUGCACUGACAUCCUCAACCUCGUCUGCAAGUCACCCGCAGAACGCCGUUCAACAACAGCCGUUGUCGAACGGUAAGAUCAACGAGGUUUCACCCUUCAGUGCCCUCUACGAUGAUGUGGCCAGUGGGAGGGUUACUAGUGGUACCUCCUCUGUUUUAGGUCCAAAAGCCAUGCAUCGCAGGAGGUUGACUGGAGAGGGACUUAGGCCGGACAAACCCAUCCCUCCGGCCAAACCCAAAACUCUUGAUCUGAGGACCAAACGGCAAACCAUCCAAAUACCGCUUAGUCCCACGCAUUAUCAGCAACCACCAACACCCGACUUCCCACCUCCGUCACCAUCAACAGCAGCUCUGGGUAUUCACGAGAAGAUCAGACCUCUGAGUCAGGAAAUUAGGAACAAAAGAGUAUCCAGAGAUAUAGAAACUCUGACAGAGGAUGAAUUAUUCGCAACGAUAGAUUCUGGAGGACACGUGAAGGUUUCUUUACGCAGGGAAAACAAAUCCGUAUCAACGGAUACAAUCGAAGAAGUUGUGGACGAUAAUCCGUUUGCUGGAUUAUGCCGUGGCUCGACGGUUUGUACAUCAAGUUGUCCAUGUGAGUUUCAAAUGUCUUUACGCUCUCAAUCGAACAAACAACCACACAGUUACGAUAACAUGCUUGGUAUGAAUACGAUGCCAGAAACUAGGUCUUCACGGAACCUGAGGAGGGAAAGUCCCAGCUCUGAUCCUGGAGGGCAGGUGUCCAGAUCUGCUUCCUAUGACCGCUCCUCCGCUUCGGACUUGGGAGAAGGUUCUGCAGCAACAGAUUCGGUUUUCGUAAGGGACAUGGAGGAGACGUUCGCUAGGACGCUCUCCAGGUUACGAAAAGAAUUUCAAAGGUCAUCCUUCACAUCGAGUUUCAGCACGGUAGAAGAGUGGUUGAAGAGCCUCGACUUAGCAAUUUACACAAACAGCCUCAUGGACAAUGGAUUUGAUGAUAUAGAUUUCCUGGGAGGUAACAUUCUGGAAGACGAAGACCUCUUGGAAAUGAACAUCACAAAUAAAGAUCACCGACAGAAGAUUCUCGAAUCGUGUCAUAGUCUUCCCGCCUUGCGACCGAUCAGUGAAGGUCAGUCUCCAGAAUCCGUUGGCGAGUGGCUGAGGUCUCUGCACCUCGACCAGUACAUAGACACUUUUAGAAGGAACGGCUAUACGGAGAUGGAGAGGGCCAGGAAGCUGUGGGAAGUUGAACUUCAUUCUGUACUAGAUAUAACGAAACCUGGACAUCGAAAAAGGAUACUAACCUCGUUGGGUGAGAAGCCUUCAAGCAAGUUUUUUGAAGAAUUAAAAGAUUUCAGCCUGUCAAAAAUGGACUGGAAUUUAAGUAAUGUGAGUGCGUUGUCAACGGCUGACGAACCUUCGUCAUCUGGUGACGAAUCUCGAACUAUAGACAUUAUGAGAGGAGAUACAAGUGUUCGGAAUAUCUCGGCCAAUGGGAGUCUCUCUAGAACAGAAUCCCCACCGUCUGUAUCUAGUAUGAAGAUAAGACCUCCAACUCAGCUGAUGGGGGACACUUCGCCGCAACAAAUUCUUCAGGAGUUGCCUUCUUUCAACUCAACGCAGUGGAAACACCAGCCAGAAGUACUGGUGAAAGGCAGCUGUAACUACACCGCAAAGUAUUUAGGCUCAACUUUGGUGAAGGAAGUCCGUGGCCUUGAAUCAACCAGGAAGUCUAUACAGAAACUCAAAAGCUCUACGCGAGACAUGAACAAAAUACCCAACGUUAUUUUAUCCAUAUCUCAUACAGGUGUCAAAUUCAUCGACGCACAAGCAAAGAAAUUGGUGUGCGAACAUGAGAUCAGGAACAUCCAUUGCGCAUGCCAGGAUGCAGAUGAUCUCAACCAUUUUGCUUACAUCACUAAAGAUCACCAAACCACGAAUCACUACUGUCAUGUGUUCUGCGCCCAAAACAUGGACAUGGCCACAGAAAUAAUCCUGACUCUAGGACAGGCCUUUGAGGUGGCUUAUCAAAUGGCAAUCCGGGAGAAGCCGGCAAGAUCCGGUCACAAAAGCGAGUCCGGCACGGCGUCCUGUGGUGACGACCAGAAAAGGGUAACCUCUGUUCUUCGGCCGUAGAAAGCAGAGACCCGUGGGAAAGAAAAGCGAGCUUGGAAAGUCUUUGAAAAUAUAUUCUGUCUAAAGGUUGUGAGCGAAUAACUUAAAUCUAUACUUUCCUGUAGUUAGCUUUAUUCAAGCCUUUUUAGUUAGCUUUUUCUCGUUGAUUUGCUUACAUCUUUUAAUAUACCUUAAAGCUGACUUACGGAAUGUAUCAUUUCCAUAUUGCUACCGAAGUUAGAUAUGUUUAUUUUAUAAGAAUAUAAGAUUUUAUAGUUGGAUAUAUUUAUUCGAAAUACUUAAAACAAUAAAUAAAUAAAAUACAUAAAUUUAAUUUUUAUUUUUAAUAAUAAUAUAUUAAAAAUUCAUCGAAGAAGAAUUCAAAGGGCUUUGAAGGAAUGCAAGCAUGAAAAUGUCUUAAAACUAUGAAAAGAACUGACGUGAAAAUAACCCAAAUGAGCAUUGCUUUAACGUUUAAUAAGCAUAGAAAAUGUAGAACGGUGAAAGGGGAAUUAAAAUUAUUUGACCCCAAAUUAAUGCGAGGUCAAUUUAUUCAAAUAUGAGAACUAACGCAAAUGCUAAGGAUGCCUUUAUAGAGGGCUUUUUGAGGGGUAACUGGCUCGUAUUCAUGUUACACACGGGGAAAGCAGUCAGCUCGUUUACCUGGGAUCGAAUUUCGAGUCGAACUCCCAGGAUUUAGUUGGUCUUAAGCAUUCGGACACUCGAGGUGCCCUCAAAGUGAUACAAUUACAUUUUAAAAUUAACUACAAUGAUGUGCGUUGUUGCUUCAACCUAACGACAGUAAUCAAAUAACUUUGGAAGCGGUACCAGUCUAAUAUAAUGAGCUGAUAUUACUUCCUUAAUUAUCUUUUCCUUACUGCUUUUAGCUUCCAGAUUAAAGAUUUCAUUUUAACAAUGUUAAUGACACUUUGUCGUGUUUUGAAGCCUAGAGAAGAGAUUUGAAAGUUUGGUAGUAGUUUGAAAGCAGCAUUUGGAAUGCUACCUGAGACUCUGGGUAUAUUUUACGUGAUAUACACGUACAUGUGAAAUCGAAAAGUGAUAAAAAAUAAUCUACUUAAUGGUGAAAAUUUUGAAAUAAGGAUGCAUUGUCGUUUAUGUGGUAUUAAUAAGUAUUCAAUGCAUCAAUUUAACGGCAACACGUUUUGGCAUUUGUGGAUUAGUCACUUUCAUUAUUUUCUAGAAUACAUAAAAUUUUACUGAUCUUACUUCAGUUGUUUAUGAACACAGAUUAAAUAAAAUGAUUUCUUUUUUUCUUCCUGUAUUUUAACUACAUGACAGGCCAAGAAGUACCUCCAAGAUCUUUUUCAAAUGAUGCUUAUUCGCGUCUGAUAAAGAACUACAUAUUGGCACGAUAAAAACAAAAAAUAAGCAAAGUACCUAAUAUAAAUGUGCUGAAUAACGGACAGCCACUUCAUUUGCUUGGUCAUUUUCUUAGUAAUUUCCUCGAAGCUGUCUUAUAUUACACUCAUGACUUUGAAAGGAUUAGAAAGAAUUUCAGAAAUUCAGGACUUUUAAUGUGGUAUUUCGAUUAAGAUAUAUCCAACUGUAUGAAGUAAAAAAACGUAACAGAACUUCCACAGCUUCAUAUUUUUUAUUCUUAUUUAAAAUUAAAUAUUUAGUUGAUUGAAAUAUGAAUUUUUGCAGAGAGAUUUUUGCUCGAGAGUCUUUUAAUGGAUGUCAGUAGAAACAAGAGUUUCUUAAAAGUUCCUAUUAUAUCCUCAUUGCACAUAACGAAUAUUUUUGACACACAAAAUUAUUUUGAAAAAUUGCUCAAUUCACGACAAAGCACAAAGUUUGGAUGUUUGGAUAUUAACAAUACAAUAGUCUAUUUUUGGCAGCAUAGUUUUUACAGUGUAUCCGAAAAAUAGUAAAAUAUAAACAGAAAUUGUAAUACAUUACAAUACAACCUAAAAAGGUAAUACAUUACAAUAUACAUUAAUACAACCUAAAAAGUGAUAUCAGUGAUUAUAGUUAUUAAAACAUAUUAGACAAAAGGCUAAAAAUACGACUUACUAGGGGCUUGCAGAAGCUAAUGAUAAUUCGUUGGCGAACAAUUCUUAAUCACGCUCGAAGAAAAAACAGUGAGAUAUAACCUAAUAGCUGAUAAAGUAAAUAUAAAUUGGCAUAAGAAAUAUAAUUAACUAUGUAUUUAAACACUUGAUUAAUCAUGUAAAUUAAUUAAAUAUAGUUAUUACAUUUAACUAAUCACGUAAAUUAAAUUUAAAAAAUUGGCCAGUAUUUAUAUUGUUCAAAGUGAAUUAUUUUUAAUUUAAUGCCAAAUAAGUAAAUACCAGUUUUAAAAUUUUGAUUUAAGAUGUUCUAUAGGAAAAUUUUCUUAUGGAAUAUGAUUCAUUUUCUAUGGUUUUCCCUCUCUCGAAGUUUUUAUGGAUGUUUUUAAAUUUAAUUAGUAUUGUAGAUUUCGAACAUCAAAAAUACUUACUCAAAUACUGUCAAAAUUAAUAAAUUUAAUUACAGUGAUGACGCUAUCUUGUUUCGUAUUAUAAAACUCUGUAAUUUCAUAACGCAUACACACUUAUUGCUUUUUGAGGUGCUAUUUUUUUGUUUAAACUGCCUGAAAUUUCGAAUUAAUGAAAGUACAUUGUAUAAAUACUUUUAUCAUAUCAAUUUAAUUUUUCCUUUAGAGAUCAGAUAUUACAUUUUUUAUAUUAAACAUUCUUGGAAGGCAUAUCAAUUUCAGAUCAGUCCCAUCACAUUUUAAUGAUUUAAAGUAACACAAAAAUUAGUCGCUAUAUCAAAGAUUUGAAAUUUGCAUUACAAAUUAAAAGAUUCAGUUUGCUGAAGAGAAGUUUGUGAAAUUCGUGUUUAAAGCCUUAAAUAAAGAGCUAAAGUUUGCAUUUUAAAAUGUUUAUUUGAAAGAAUAAGAGAUAUAACUUUUUAAUCUCAAAGAAGUGCAUUACUUUUUGUCACAAAAAGUGGAGAAUGAUAAAAUUUUCAUUCUAAAAGAAAGUUCAGAAUCUCACUGCCGUCAGCUUUUCAUUGGUCGAAGACUUAAAAUAUCAGUACUUUGUAGAUACAUUCACUUAUCUUUGCAUAUUCUAUAUCGUAUACCUUCCCGAAAUUCAAAGAUACACUUGACCAGAAUUAUACCUUAUACCUCAUUUUCCUCAAUAAUAUGGUGUAGUCUUUAUUGAAAGUAACAAAUUUGCGAUAUUAAAAACUAGUACUUUAUGAAAUAAAUAUUUGGCAUUUUGCUCUCGCUUGCGCAUAGUUUUCAAAGCUUAUAGUAGAAAAUUUAUUUUUAUGAAGAUAACAAACUUUUAACCUAUGCAGCUGUACAAAAUGUGUGUAAAUAGUACCUAGAUUUACAGAUAGUAGAUAAAGUUUAAAACGAUGUAACAUCCUAAUGCUUAUUAAUGUUUUGGUUUUUAUUGCUUUGCGACCGCAUUGUAUUUUUAUAGACUUAGAACUGUUGUGAAAUUAAGGCAUAAUAUAUUAUACUUAAGCAAACUAUUACAAAAUGAUAUUUGUAAACGGUAACCUAACAAACUUUAUUUCGUUAAACAAGACAAUUAACUGAGAUAGUUGUUGGUGUUAAAAUGUUCACUUACUGUAUCCUAUAGAAAAUUGUUAUAAAAGAAAUUUACAUUUUAUUUGCAAUUAUAACUUUGUCAGUUUUUUUUAUUAAGUUCAUUAUUUGAUUUGUAACCUAUUGCUUAUUAUAUGCUUCAUAAAGUACAUUCAGAUGAAAAUUUGUAGAAACCGUUCAUAAUAUCAAGAUAUUUGAAGUUAUUCGUGUUAGUCAUAAUGUCGCUUAUUUUACUUAAUAACCAACCUUUAGAUUCUUUUCUCACAUGAACUGGAACAUUUAGAUUCCUUUUUCACAUGAAAUGGAACCUUUAGAAUCCUUCCUCAUUAUUUGAUCUACAGAAUUAGAACUGAACAUCUCUCUUGAGAUGAUCAUCCGACUUGAGGUGAGAUACCGAGUAUGCAUAUAGUUUUUCAAUGUGGGUAAACAUAAAAAAAAAUUCUAAAUUUUAAAUCAUUAUAAAAUUUCUAGAAAAUUUUAAAUUCCUUUGAAUUUUAACUAUAGGCCAUUUUACAUAUCUAACCUAUCUAGUAAACGAAAAUUUAUUGCUGGAUAAUAAAGGAAUUUUGAACAUAAUUUUUGAACAGCAUUUUGGCCAUAAAUAUGAUUUACUCCACAGGAAAAAAAAUCCUACUAUUCUUAGUAAAGGAGAUUUAUAGCCUCAAAAGAAUAGUUUAGUGAUAAGUGCUGGAGGCUGUUAUGCAACAAGAAAGUCAGCGUGCUCUUCCUUUCAACUUCUAAUUUCAAACAUUUUAGUCUUGGUCUUUAAAUGUUUAGUUUUAUUCUACCUUGAAUUCUCACAGAUUGUUUACUUUAGACACGAGACCUUGUGUAACUUUCAUUUCCUCUUCUUAAUCUCAUCAGUUUUAAGUACCCUCCUCCUAAAUUUUGUUUGCCAAAUAAAAUGCUUUUAUUUAUUCCUUUCACCUCCGACAGCAGUGCCACACUCUUUAAAACAGUCAGUAAUAUUUCUCUAAUGUGCCCAAUGCGAUAUUAAGGAUUUUGUUUCUGCGUCAAUAAAUAUAACUGCUAUUCAAAGUCUUUUAUUUUGAAUGACUCGUAUUUAACUCCGUGAUUAUAAAUGAAAUAAAAUAGAUACAUUUUAGCGCGUUUUUAACAAUUUUAUAAAAGAUUUGAAUUCUAAAAUCUCUGUAGUGCAUUAUAGUGUAAUAAGGUUAUUCUUCAUAUAAAUUUCAAAAGUUGCAUUAUUUCACCAAUUAAUUAAAAAAAAAAAAAAAAUAAGCAAGCGUCAUUGGCGAUGUCAUUUUUAAACUACUCUGCAUACUUCAGCUGACUAUGAGUGACUAUUCACUCACUCUUGAUUGAUGGUUUUGAUUGAAAUGUGUAUAUAGUUAUUAACAUUCAGGGCUUAAAGACUGCAUCUUAGACAGAGAAAAUAGGCCUCUUGAUAAUUAUGUAAAAUUUUUGACGUAUUAGAAAAGAGACGCAUUUUUCACAUGACGUAUUAUUUUUACAAUAGUUAGAGACCAAAAAAUUAUAUCUUGUGCAUUAUAAAAAAUACAGUUAAAUAUAUGCAUUUGUAAGUAUAUGCCAUACAAUCAAAUUCCAAAAAUUUCUAUAAUUAAAAGAAAUUGUUUCAUAAAAGAAAAAUAAAAAGUGCUUUAUGAAAUAAGAAAAAUUAUUUUAUGCUUACAAAUCGCAAUGAUGCAUCGUGCAUCGAAGGACUUAAGCCCUGAUUUAUUUAUAUAUAUAUAUGUAUAUUGUUCAAUCUUAUUUUAGAGAAAUAUCAGCAUGUAAAAUUCUAGUCCCAUGUACAAAAUAACAGAAUUGUAUGUCAUAUGUAUAAUAUUAAUAGUACAUUUGUUUUCGUAUGCGGUUUGCUUCUAAAAAUAAAGUUUAUUACCUUUAUGAAAAGUUUUUGUUAUUUUCCCUUUCGAACAAAUUAAAAUUCUCACCACCACAUUUGGAACAGAUCUUCUCGAAUGGUAUAUUUAUAAUCAGAAAUAUUUGUACGUUAAUUAAAACAUUUAUGUAAAUUAAUUUAUUACAUAACUUCUGAAUGUUGCAAUGUAAGUAGUAUUUAAAAUAUUUUAUAAAAUAAUCAAAGUAUUAAUCCUGACAAUUCCACUUUGAUAAUAUAUUUUUCUAAUUUUAAAAAUUUAAAUGUUAAGUUGUAAUAGCGCUUUUACGUUUCACCUUUUUUGGGAUCUCAAUAAUAAUUGAAUUACUAUAAUUACUAAUUUGCAUCGAGCCUGAACUUAUAGUUUUCUUUACAAUUCGAUGCAUAAAUAUUAAUUAAUGAGCCACAUACAAAAUAUUACUUUAGAGUUAAUAUCCAUUUAAUAAAUAGAUUCGUUCAUAAUUUAAAAAAGUAUGAGAAUCGAAACUUGGACUUUAUUUUAUUACUUUAUUUAUCUGGAAAAAUUAUUGAAAAUAUUUUUAGUCAUAAUACUUUUUUUUCAUCCGAAAAUCUUAUUUUCAUUAAUUUUCCUUGGGAGAGCUGAUGAUUACCCUAAAAUAAACCUAUGUAAACAGUUUUGCUCAACGUACAAAAGUUUACUCUAAAUUCCAAUGUUAAAAUAGGGUAAUAGGUAAUUUUCAGAAACAUUCAUCUUUACUGUUUUAAUCUUCAUUACAGAAUAAGAAACAAUAACUGUUUUUAAUAUAUAUUUGUAUAAAAUUCUAUAACUGAAUGCGAAAAGGGCAAAAAUUGUGAUGUAGACAUAUUUCAUUUUUUUUUUUUUUUUUUUUUUUUUUUUACUAUUUUGUAAAUACCAAUUUUUCACAUUCCAAGUAAAUAAUUUUCAUUUUCUUAAUUUUUUUUUAACUCCAGAAAUUUUCAUCGUCUGGUGCUACAUAUAAAACCUAUUACUUUUUAUUUUGUUUUCUUUUGCAAAUUACUUUGAAUGUGAGAUACAGCCCAUCUUAUAAAUCUAGUGUAUGUUUACAGUAAACUGUGAUGUAUGCAUGAGAGUAUGAAACUUAUUUCUCUCCGUGUGCUGAAAACACAUAGGGAGGCAUAUUUCUGUAUGUAUUAUAAAAGAUGAAUUCUAUAGGCUGUGCUAAAUUAUAUAGUUCACGACUUUGUAAAAUGAAUUGAUCAAUGAAUUCUUACAAUUGUUUUAAUUUAAAUGUAAAUCUUGAAAGUACAUAUUCUACUUUGCAUUGUAAUUAUGUACUUUGUAUAUUUAUCCCAAGCCUUGAAAUAAAGAGAACUUAAAUUAUCGUCGAAA